AUGAUUGGGCAUAUUAUGAUAUUGAUUAACAAUAUCAAAAAUAUAGAAAUGCCUAAAACUUGCCACAACAUUGAAGGAUUUAAAACACAAACGAAUGUAACAGUGGAAUUGUAUGACUACGAAGAAAAUGAAAUAUUAAGAAACAAAAUAGUUGAAAUCGUAAAUCAUCAUAGGUUUAUACUCAGAUUCGUCAGCGACGUCUCUUUUUUAUUAGGUCCUGCGUUGGCAAGCACUUAUUUGUGUCAUCUAAUUAGUUGCUGCCUUUUGCUAAUCGAGUGCUCCCAAUUAGACCCAGAUGCAUUAGCACAAUACGGACCAAUAACAGUUAUAAUGUUUUAUCAGCUUUUUCAAAUUUCUGUACUAUUUGAACUUCUUGGAGCCAAGAGCGAGAAACUCAUAGACGCAGUUUAUGAGUUACCAUGGGAGUGUAUGGAUGUCAGAAAUCAACGAUUGUUGUGCUUUUUGCUACAGAGGGUGCAAACACCUGUACAGGUCACCGCCUUAGGACUAACAAAAGUUGGUGUCACACCUAUGGUUGCGAUUUUGAAGACAACAUACUCUUUAUUCGCCUUUCUGCGAUCAACAGUUUAA